GUAGAAAUAAACUUUAGGCUCGGCAUCUACACAAGGGCUACCUGUCACGAGGUGGAACCAAACAGUAGGGAAACAACUUCGUUGUUCCGCGAGGAACUCUAAUCUAUCUAUGAGGGCCUGUGUCUAUACAUACUAAACAUGUCAUUUCUUCUAGAUGUCUCGUCUAGAAUCUUGACACUACCAUAGGAACCUACUGGUACAUACUGAAAGUAUCGUAUCCUUUGCUCUAGAUGUCUCAUCUAGAAUCCUAACAGGAGCCUAGGAAUAAACUUAAGAAGGAUAUAAAUAUAACAGACACCCUCUUCGACUACAGAAGAGAAAUAAAUCCUUCGAACGCAUUUGGACCGAGUCCAUAACAUAAAAAAACAAAUAGUACGACAAAACGCAAAUUUGAAUGGCUAUUAUCGAUACUAUGGCACCCAGUUGGGCCAUUAAUGAUGAAGAAUCUCUGAAUCUUAUGACCAGUCUCUUAUCAGACGACGUAAAGCAGCUCACCUCGGCCGCUAAAGGGAAGCAGGCCGAAGGCAUGCUCACAGAUGCCGAACUUGCUCUUCAACUCUACUACGAGGAGUUAAAUUAUGCCGCAAAUUUUGUUUCCGAUCGUCAGAUGAGUAGGAGCAUCCAAAGAGCGAUACAAACCGAUACCGAUGCCCUCUUCCAAGCAGAGCGCGAAGAAUCCAUAGCACGGCAUGACCAUGCCACCGCGAUCUCGAUUUCCCAAGGCAUUCCUAUGACUUCGGAUGUGGAAAGCGAUGAUCCUGAGUCAGACGAUGAUUUGGAACUUAUGGAUAGACUCUCUACUACCUAUAUCACAGGGGUUGAGGACAAAAAACCAAGACGAGAGCGAGAUAGAACGUUUUAUUCCUGCUGCUGACGAGCAACCCGAGAGUUCAUCUUGGGCUACCGCUCGUAUAUCUCGGAAGUAUGCGUCUCCAGAAUUGGACUGUCUAGCAUGUGGGGAAAAAUAUAUAUAUUUGGAUGUGAUGCGAGCUCCCUGCGGCCAUUUGUACUGUCGAGAGUGUCUUGCGCAACUAUUUCGGAGCGCAAUGUCCGACGAGUCAUUGUUCCCUCCACGUUGUUGUCAGCAGAAUAUUCCUCUUAGAGGGCUCGUGUUUUCUCUUCCAAAAGAACUCAUUCGCGAAUUUCGAGCCAAAGAGGUUGAAUUUUCGACGCCACGUCGGACAUAUUGUCACCAGCCAGAGUGCUCUGCCUUUAUCCCCCCCAAAAACCACGUGGGUGAUAUUGCAAUCUGCAUGGAUUGUGGCGUGCAAACAUGUAUUACCUGCAAAGGUCCUUCGCAUAACGGCGAUUGCCCCGAUGAUAAAGACCUACAAGAAGUCCUUGAACUCGCCCAAGAGCAUGGAUGGCAACAAUGCUAUAAUUGUCUAUCGUUGAUCGAACUGAGCGAUGGCUGUUAUCAUAUGACGUGCAAGUGUCGUUCUGAAUUCUGCUAUCUUUGCGGCACCCCUUGGAAAAAUUGCGACUGCCGUCACUGGGAUGAAUAUCGAAUCCGUUACCGGGCGGGAGAGAUAUACCGCAGAGACCAUCGAACGAACGAGCAAUUCGACAUUCAAGAUGUGGAUAUAGGACGUAUCGUGACUGACUUACGGGAAAAUCACGAAUGUGGGCAUUCUUCCUGGAGAUAUCGAUCUGGGAAUUACAGAUGUGAAGAAUGUCGGGACACGUUGCCUUCGUAUAUUUUUGAAUGUUGUCAAUGUAACAUCAUGGCAUGUAGGAGGUGUAGGUAUAAUCGCCUGUGAUGUACGUCGGUACCUACCCAGGUAGUUGUUAUCACGUUAUAUGUAAGUAGCUAAGAGUGCUAUUUUAUAACGAUGUGAAAUAUAGGCCUGGGUUAUCAUUUUUAAUUAGAGUGGUGUUACUAUAAUAUACCUUAAGUUAGGUAGGUAAAUAUAUUAUAAUAC